AUGUUUGCCCAAUUCUCGGAUUCCUUCCACCACUCCAUCUCCUCAAUUCUUCAGUCCGUCGGGGUGGAGCUUGCGAUCUUCGUUGUCACCCUGUCGGUCGCCUUCAUCUUCAGUCAAGUCGGCAAGAAGAACGUCGACGCAAAGAAGCUCAAAGCAUCCAGUGAUGAGGAAAGAUGCCCAUCUUGGUUUUCGUGGAAGCUGCCCGUGGCAAAGGCAGUUGAGCCAUGCAAACCGCUUCCAGUACAGAAGAAGCCCCUGUGCAAGCAGGAGCAGCAGUCGAACUCCGCUCGGACCUCCUGCUCUUCCGGCUCUGCCUCGCGCCGACUUGAUGAGAUCGCCACCUUUGCGCGAGAUCAGCAUGCAAGCCGAAACGUCGGCCAGGUGAUCCAGAUGUAUGACGACUUCUUAUCCAGUCUUGCCGAGAAGCACAUGCAGAUCCCCGAGGUCGCGAGUAGCGCACGACACAGUGCAGUCGAGUUCUUCGCAGCUCUGGUCUACUGCGUGGUUCGAGCUGGCCGCUUCAACUUGGUGGAGAGGUUGCUGGAUGACAUGGUCGCACAGGGCGUGGCCCGGCCUCUGCAGUUCUACGAGAGCACCAUGAAGCAGCUUGCAGGAGUGAAGAAGUACAAGCUGGCCUUGGCUGUGUACGAUCGACUGUCAGCAGACGGCCUUCAACCUUCCGCGGUCACGCUGAGCUGUCUCAUCAACUUCGCUGUUGAGGUGGGUGAGCUCAACAGGGCCAUCCAGUUCUUUAAGGUUCUCUCGACGGUGAGCACGCCGUCAAUCCGGGCGUACAUGACCGUGCUGCGUGUUCACAGCAUGCGCCAGGACUGGCCUGCAACGCUUUGGACUAUCCGAGACAUGAGACGUCGUGGCGUGGAGGUGGAUACGUUGGCCAUGAAUGUGGCCCUAAGCACUGGCGUCGUUGCGGACCACAUCGAGGAGGUGGAGGCCUUGCUGGCAGAGGCUCCAAGCGUGGACAUCGUGUCGUACAACACCCUGGUGAAAGGCUAUGCCCAGCGCAGCGAUCUGGACAAAGCCCAGCAGGUGUUGGCCAAAUUGCUGGAACGGGGACUGCGGCCUAAUGCCAUCACCUUCAACACAGUGAUGGAUGCCGCUGUACGCAGCGGAGAAAUCUGCCAAGCGUGGCAACUCUUCGACAGCAUGUCCGGAAGGGGCCUUCGGCCAGAUCGGUUCACUUGCUCCAUCCUCGUUAAGGGCUUGACGAAGCGUCCGACAGCCCGAUUCCUCAGAGAAAGCCCUGAGCUUGAGAGCCAGCCAGCAUUUCUUCAACGCGGCUUUCUUGUCUUUCAGUGCCCGUCGCUUCGGUGCAGAAGCCUGAGGUGUGCACGUAUAGGUAUAUACAUACAUUUAUUUGUGGUGUAUUUACUUAUGAAAUAUAAAUGA